AUGUUGACCAAGCAGACCUCCUCUUCCCGCAAGCCCUCUCAUGACGCCGCAGAGUUGGCAGCGCUUGGUGUAUCGGAUGAUGUUCUACGUGGCUACUCAUAUGACCUCAAGCUGAUCCAGCCCAGCGACAUCGAUUGCAUCUGGCAGUGUCUGCAGGAACCAGGAAACAGGCCGGUCUUCGAAGACGUGUACCAUGAGGCAUGCGACGACAAGAAUCGAUUACUGGCCAUAAUGGCAGACGACUCGCAACGGCCCGGUACUAUAACCUUCAGCGUCAUCAGUAAAUGCACUCAGAUUGUUAUCGGCCUGGCUCGAAUACACACCGUCAGCGUAGAAUUAGCGGAGAUAGCAUAUUUCCCUCCUGGCCACCUGCAAGCCUACACUAUCGACAUAGCCUUGAUGCUGGGAACAACCGUCUUCGAGUACAUGAACUUCGAGCGCUUCGAGGCUCGAACCAAAGCCCAGCAUGCAGAAGACCCUCAUGGUAGUAAUGCCGGCAUCCGGACUUUUGAUCUCUCAAGCAUUCUUCGACGGCAGCAUCUCGACUUGGCACGGAGUCAACGGUCUGACUUGAUGGUUAUCACGGUUCGAGACUGGCCGAGCCAUAAGGUGGUAUAUGUGGCGUGGUUGGAGGCCUUCUUCGUCCCGACUGGCCCCCGAGAUAGUCGUUUUGAUGGGCCUACACCUCAGGGUGACUACAAGAUUGGAGAAUGA